GGCCGGAAGCAGAAAGCAUGGCGGCGGCUUCGGCGGGGACGACGCGGCCUCGGAAGAAGGAUCCGCAGCAGGCUCAGCAGCAGCAGGCCUUGGUCAUCCCACGCAGCGCGGCCGAGGAGCAGCGCCUCAAGCUGGAGCGCCUCAUGAGGAACCCGGAUAAGACGGUUCCCAUUCCGGAAAAGCUCAACGAAUGGUCGCCCCGUCCGCCUCCGGAAUUUGUGCGAGACGUGAUGGGGUCAAGCGCUGGUGCUGGCAGCGGAGAGUUCCACGUCUACCGGCACCUUCGGCGGAGGGAGUACCAGAGGCAAGACUUCAUGGACGCCAUGGCCGAGAAGCAAAAACUGGACGAGGAAUACCAGAAGAAGCUGGAGAAGAACAAAGUGGCGGCGGAAGAACAGACAGCCAAGCGGAGGAGAAAGCGGCAGAAGCUGAAGGAGAAGAAGAUGAUGGCCAAAAAGAGCAAGCUGGAGCAAAGGAGCGAGCAGGCCGCAACCGAUUCCCCAAAGCAGCAGAGCAGCGAGGAGGAAGAGGAGGAUGAGGGUGAAGCUUCCGGAGAGGAAGAGGAAAAGGAGCCCAGCUUUGUGAUGAUGAAGCGAUGAUGGGACUUGGCACCAUUGUUUCACUUCCCGCCGCUCUUGAGGAAUUGGGGAUCUGAUUCAAACUCUGAUGCGGAUGCCGACGACGUCGAGAACUUUAUUCCAACGCUUGCAGGAGUUUGUGGCAAAAGAGGGCCAUUUCGUGCCCCAAUUAUGGAUCACUCCGGUGCAUCUCUCACUGCUUCCGAGCCUGAAAUGUAAUGCUUUUAUCCGUCUGUGUCUUCCUCGC